AUGAGCCAAUUCCGCCUCUUCCCCCCUCUCACCCCAACAUCAUCAACCAAAGACAACCUCCCCUCUCGAGGAGGCAGAAAAGUCCUAGUCGACAAUACCUCCCAAUCCACACCAACUCUCCUCGAAGACCUCAAGGGCUCCCGGAAAACAGACGCCGUGCUUCGCCAGAUCAGGGAGAAUGCAAAAGCCAUCCAGCCACCAAAGCCACCGCCAAAGGCGCAUGUGACCAAGCCUGCUUCGAAGCUAUCUGAUAGACUGCGCGGUGGAGGUCGAGGGGAUGGGGAUGAGGAGAGACAGGAACAGGAACAGGAGCCGGAGCGAGUGGCUUUGUCUAGUUCGAGUACGCUUGUGGAGAAUCGGGCUCCGGGGAGAUUCUCUGCGUUCAGUAUUCCUAUUAGAUCGAUCUUUCCGCGGUAUAAUCCGAAUCUGCCUCUCAAUAGGCAGGAAUAUUAUCCUCAGUUAUCAAGCAGCAACUCAAGGUCCCGGCAGAAACCAAAAGGUCUGGUUCUUUCACCAGAGCCGGAUAUCGACCGUGCCCUAGGACCAAAGACUGUACCGGCAAGUGUGAUGGACUUCCCACCGGGUCUUCUCGACUCUGUCGAGGUACAAUAUUCCUCUGCGGCGGAACUCCAAGGUCUCUGGGAGGCUGCCAACGGCCAACGACCAGAGAAUCACACAGCAAGUUUCAACCUGCGCCUUACACGAACCGACCCAACAACAUUCUCAUUCGGGUCCCCCCAACACCAACACCCUUUCUACACUCUCCGACUCACCACCCCCACCGAACUAACAAUCUCCCGAACAAACCCCUCCAAACCAACAAACAGCAUCCCAAUCAUGACCCUAACCCUCGAAAACCGCACCCGUCGCGAACCCCCAAGCGACGGCCUCGUUUCAAUCAUUUCCUCUCGUCUAGCAGCAAUGCUCGCCAUCGAGCAGAUCGACGAACUCGUGAAACAGCAGCAUUUAACGCCCUCAGAAGCGCUAGAGGCAGAAAGGAAAGCGCUUAAACGCGCGGAGGAGCAGGAAUCUUGUCGUUUGGCGUGGAAUCAUGAUCUUCGGUUAUACACGCUCGAACACCCGUCAUUCUCGAAGCCGAGGACACCUGCCCUCGUGGGUGCAGCCAAUAUUCCGCUUUCUCCUGUACGGUCGAAGGGCCCUGGUGCUGUACACAUUACUGUCUCAUCACCAUCAUCAAACAAUAACAAUCCUCAACCCCAAUCCCAAUCCCAAUCCCAACCUCAACCACCAACAAUCCUAGUGACAACACCCACACCCUCAAACUCCACAUCAACAGAAUCCGCCCGCCUCGCACCAACACCACGAACCUCGACCCUCCCCCUCACAGACUCCAACGACCCAUUAGCAUCCCUAGAUCUCUCUACCAAAACACUGCGUAUAUCCUCGGGAGCAGUUAUCGCGACAAUUCCAUCGCUGUACGCGAUUGACUCUGUGGUUGCGGGGAUUCUUGCCGUCGCUGUUGCGGAUGAGGGGAGUAGAGGCGUGCUUAUGGGCAUGGAGAUGAGGAUGGGGAUUGGGACUUGUCAAAGUCAAAGUGAAAAUGCAGGGCUGGAGUUAGUUUCGACGGCUGCGGAGAGGGAGGAUGCGAUGUUGGGGAGUGAUCUUGUGGGGAGGGUUAAAUCGGGUCCUAACCCUGGCACUGUUGACGACAAUGACAACGAUAAGCGAGAACCCAGCAGCGAUACUCCCAAGCCCUCCUUCUGGAACUGGCUUCGCAAACCCCAACCCCGAGAAUCGAAACCAAAGAAACAAAAGAACAAAAAAAUCGUAAUCGAAGAAUUCGACCUCGAAAAGUACGGCCGGUAUGGACCUAGUUCCUCACGGGAGGGAGAGAAACUACCCUCCAUCGCACGGGGAGUGUUGAGGGUAUUGUUCUGGGGGUUAAAUCUAGUGGUUAAACUGCUCACGGCGAUGGUCAAGGUGCUGGCUUGGGUAUUGGUCAAUCUGACGAGGUGUGUUACUAGUGAACGGUUUUGA